CCUUUGCUCUCCAAGAUUCCAAAGCCGCAAGGAGAGGUCUCCCAAAUUAGCCAGGGCGGAUACAAUUUACAGGAGAUGCUUGGCUGGCCUGGGUCUGAAUAUGAAGAAAUUUGUGCUUUUGUUUCACAACUGGCCCGUGAAUACCUCAAAGUGCACAAGUCAUGGAGGCUCCAAGCACAGCCACAGUUAAUCAUUGUCUACGCAGAGGUAGGUGCAAAACGAUAUCCUAUCCUUGAACGUUAUGGUGGAAGUUGGGUUGUUAGUGAUAUGCUCCAUAUUUUUUUGAAAAAUAGCUGUAGCCAUGAUACUUCGGCAUAA